UGGCUUUGGAGAAGGCUUCGUGUCAAGAAACGGUCAGUGAUGGCCCUCUGCCUCUUGAUGAUACUGUCUGCAGUGGCUAUCACUCAUUUUCCUCCAGGACAUCCAGCUUCUACCCCAGGACUUAGUCCCAUGGAGCCUCGGGGGGAAAUUGGUGUGUCUCACCCCAGGAUUCAGCGGACUUUGAACUCAAGCCGCAGGCAGCCAGUGAGGAAACUGGGCCUCUGGACAGGACAGGCUUUGCCCAGAAAUCCCAUGUUGGUCUGUGCCAAGAAGCAAAGCCACAGAAGGCAAAUGGACAGAAGCAGACAGCCACUGAGUGUCAGGAGAGGUGUCACUGUGACAGGAGAUCUGACACUCAGUGCCCAGCAUCGUGAGCUCCUAAUAGAGGAGGAGGUCAGAGAUGUGGGAGGAGCAGCUCUGAACCAGCCUAGCCAUGAUGGUUUAGUCCAAGAGACACAGAGCAAGACAGCCACCAUGGUUACCCCACUCACAGGGAGCAGCCAGGCAUCGAUCCCGGCAUGGAGAGAUGCUGCUGCCGUGAGCUUUAGGCCACAGCCAGCAGACGGCACAGCUCCUCUGCCAGGAGCCAAGAACAACAUCUUGACUGGGGCUGCCACCUCAGUGUCAGGGGCUCCAUGGUGGCCUGGCUCUGCUGAGGACCUGCAGAAGUCCCCAUGGUGUGGUACUGAGACCCCUGGGCUGGCCAGCACUGCAGCGUGGGAGCAGGUCCCACCAUGGUUCACAGAACAUGACGUGCAGACUCUCUGGCUACUGGCCCACGGGGAGGUGGUGGGCAAAGCGAGGGUCCCUGCCCAUGGGCAGGUACUGCAGGUUGGACUAUCUGCUGGGGAUGCCCACCAGGACAUCUCUCCUCUCAGGCUCAGCCAGCUCUGCUCCCAGGGUCUCUGUGGCCUGAUUAAGAGGCCCAGGGACCUGCAUGAAGUCCUGUCCUUCCACGUGGACCGUGUGCUGGGUCUCCAGCGGAGCCUGCCCGCCGUAGCCCGGAGCUUCCACAGUCCCCUUCUGCCCUACCGCUACACAGAUGGCAGUGUGAGGCCCAUCAUCUGGUGGGCGCCAGAUGUGCAGCACCUAAGAGACCCAAAUGAGGACCAGAACUCUCUGGCCCUGGGCUGGCUGCAGUACCAGGCCUUGCUGGCCCAAGGCUGCAGCUGGCCAGGCCAGAUCCCAUGCCUGGGCAUCCCCCAUACUGAGUGGGCACGUUUGGCUCUCUUUGACUUUCUGCUUCAGGUCCAUGACCGCCUGGAUCGCUACUGCUGUGGCUUUGAGCCAGAGCCCUCGGACCCCUGCGUGGAGGAGGGGCUCCGAGAGAAAUGUCAGAACCCAGAGGAGCUGCGGCUGGUCCACAUCCUGGUCCGGAGCAGUGAUCCAUCUCGCUUGGUGUACAUAGACAAUGCCGGCAACCUUCAGCAUCCGGAGGACAAGCUUAACUUUCGGCUGCUGGAAGGCAUAGAUGGGUUUCCCGAGUCUGCUGUGAAGGUUCUUGCAUCCGGGUGUCUUCCGAGCCUGCUGUUGAAGUCACUGCAGAUGGACCAGGUGUUCUGGGAGAGCCAGGGUGGGGCUGGAGGUCUGAAGCACAUCCUUGAGACACUGGAGAGUCGAGGGCAGGUCCUGCUGAGACACAUCCAGAAGCACAACCUCACACUGCUCAGGGGCAAGGACCUGUGAGCCCAUGGCUGGCGGGACCGAGCACACCUUCCUGGAGGACUUCACACAAUGUAAACCUCAGCUGGUGAGCGUCCCUCUCAACGACAGCGUUUCCUUGAAAACAGUUGGUCAUCCCGACGACAGUGGGAAAAGCCAGAGCCGGAAGAGCCUACAACACCAUGGGACAGUUCACAGGCCGAGGAUGGUGGAGGGCCUUCAGACUACAUUUUCACCUCCGGCAGUUUACUCCCAUGCACCAAUAAAUAUGUCCAAGGAUGUUCUGUGAGCUGUCCCCUGCACAUGUACAUGCAGUGCUGUGUGCAUGCGUGCAGAGACAUGUAGGUAUAUGCCUGAACCUGGGAUGCCGUGCAUGCUAGGCAAGAGCUCUGCCAACGGAACUACAUACCAACAGAGAAGUCUAGUUUUUAAGAUUCAUUUUUUAAUUUCAAAACUUAUUUUUAUGUGCAUGGGUGUUUUGUGCAACACACACACACACACACACACACACACACACACACAUACAUGCACCACAUAUGUGCCUGGUGUCUACAGAAGCCAGAGGAGGGUGUCAAACCCCAGGGACUUGAGUCACAGACAGUUGUGAGCUGCCAUGUGGGUGCUAAGAAUUGAACCUGGAUCCUCUGGAAGAACAGGCAGUGCUUUUAACUGCUGAGCCAUCUCUCCAGGCACUAAUUUUAUUUUUAUUUAUGUUUAUUUCUGUGAGUAUGUACCACCUGUGCGCAGGUGCCUAUGGAGGUUGGAAGAGGACAUCAGAUUCCUUGGAACUGGAGUUACAGGGGGUCGUGUGUCACUCCAUACAGGCGCUGAGGACUGAAGUCUUUGUAAACCCUUCCAAGAGCAACUGAUGCCCUAAACCAUUAAGCAUCCCUCCAGCAGGGAGAAGCCUAUUAUAAAACCUGAAUCCCCUUUAUUACCAUAGCCAUCACCUUCCUUCCCAUGCUAGCCAUUGUGUGUCUGGGCCAACUGUUCUGUGUUUGUCCCUUGCUUGGUUGUGCACUAGAGAGCUUCGAAUCUGCACUCAGCCAUUAGGGUUGUCUGUGAUUCCUCUCAGUCCACCAUUUGUGACUUGACCCGUUUGUCUUUUGUGCAACAGGAAACUGUAACUCUGUGUGGUCCAAUCUGUUCAUUUUAGCCUGCGAUCUCUCAGGGCUCCUGCCUUAGAGAGGCCCUGCUCCUUCAGAUCACUGAA